AGAAAUAACAAUAGUAAUACUGAUAAAAAGAAAGAGUAGAGUUAAAAAAAACUAAAACAACAAAGCAAACAGUUACAUGGGCACACACAUCCAUCCUCCUUAACGUCAGGUCACCUCCAAGCAUAUGUAUAUGUGCAUGCCUGUUAACCCAUGUAACUAUAUGUUUCCUUCAGUUAGACUCCAUAAAAUGGAUUUUCAUGCUGAUGAAUAAAUGUUGAAUAAAACUAAAACUUUGUUCAUGGUUUCAUGCAUAGGAUGAAUAUCUUAGCAGAAUGGCAUUUGGUUUAUCUACAUUUGAUUUAAAUGCUGGUAAACAAUCCACCUUAUUGUUAAAAGUUAUUACACAAUCAGUGUUUGACAAGAGGGAGGAAGGAUGUGUGCCAGUGCUUUUUGGGCAUGACAGGAAGUGUGAUGUAAAUCAUCAUUUACAGGAAUAAACCCUCUUGAUUUGCUCUUCGUAAAAGCUCUGUGAUGCUGAUUUUUUUAUUUUCGUUUUCACCUCUCAAGCAUGGCUGCAUGUCUCUUCAGUGCAUCGCACCAACCUCCACACUAAGGGAGGGAAGUGGGCGGGCAUCUUCUUGUUUUCAUAUUCAGUUUUUUUCUGCCCAACGCACAGACACGUCGUCUAUAAAGGAGGAUGUUUAGUCUGUUUAGUCUCUAGCUGUUUGAUUAUUGUGGGAAAAGUUCAUAUUGAAUGAAAGACAGAUUGAAAACCAGCUUGGGGACCCCCAGAGAGAGAUGUCUGGAAACAUCACGAACGACACCUGCGGGAGCAUCGACCUGAAAUUCACGCACGCCUUCCUGCCGCCCGUCUUCAUCACCGUGUUCGUGGUGGGCACGCUGUCCAACAUGUGGGGGAUCCGGAGCGUGUGCACGAGCUGGACCAAGAUCGGCAGCAUCAACAUCUUCAUGUUGAACCUCGGGCUCGCGGACCUGCUCUACCUGUUCACCUUACCGUUCCUCGUGCACUAUUACGCGCAGAGCAGCAAAUGGGUGUUCGGCCAGACGUUCUGCAAAGUGACGCGCUUCUGCUUCAACCUGAACCUGUACGGCAGCAUCGGCUUCCUCACCUGCAUCAGCAUCUACAGAUACCUGGGCAUCGUGCACCCCAUGAGGGUGAUGGGUAAGAUCAACAGCAGACACUCUCUGGCCAUCAGCGUCCUGGUCUGGAUCCUGGUCAUCGCUCAGAUCCUCCCGGAUAUGUUCUUCGACAAGAAUGAUUUAGAGCGACCAGACUCGUGUUUCGACACCACCUCGAACGAUAUGAUCGAGUACUACCUGCCUUACAGCCUCGGAUGGACCGUGACGGGUUUUGCCGUCCCACUAGUGAUCAUCCUGGUCUGUUAUGGACACGUUAUUGUGGUUCUUGCCACCAAAGCCAACGUGAAUCCUCUGCUGAAGAGCAGGUGUUUGAAGAUGGUGGUGUUUCUGGUGAUCCUCUUCUCCAUCUGUUUCAUCCCCUACCACGUGUUUAAAAAUGUGAACCUGGAGAUCAGGAUUUUGAAACUAAACGGGACUUGUCGCGCCAGUUACCGCAGCGUGUACAUCGCGCAUCAGGUGGGCAGAUGUCUGGCGUGUCUCAACAGCGCGAUCAACCCGCUCAUUUAUAUUGUUGGGAAUGAUGAUUUCCUCAAGAGGCUCCAUGAGCUCGGCAGACGGGCCCGGGUGUCUCUGGCCGGUCUGACUGGAGCAGUCCUGUACCGGAGACCCACGGAGACGGACUCAGGGACGCGCGAUAACUCCGACACGAUGAAAGGAUGAAUAAAAAGACGCACAAUCGGUUCCAAACCGAGAACACACACAGAAACAGAACUCCCACAUUACCGGGAGCAAAGUACAAUAAUGAGUUGAUGGUUUGCAAAGAUAUUAAGCCUCGUUAUCAGCCUUGUUAUCCUUGUUAUCCGCCAUCAGUCAUCAGCUCAGCAGAUGUGCCAGAUGCGCACAGAGAGGAAAUCUGUGCGUCCUGCAUACUGGAGGAUUUUCCUCUCUGUGUGUGUGUCUGCUGAAUGAACAUCAUUACAAAAGACAAAAACUUGUUAUUUACGGCUGAAGCUCCUGUUAUUAUCUGGUGUAGUAUAACUGAUUUAUUGCAUCAAGUAUUCAGUAUUAUUGUACAUUAGACUUAAAGGUCCCAUAUUGUGCUCAUUUUCAGGAUCAUACUUGUAUUUUGUGUUUCUACUAGAACAUGUUUACAUGCCGUAAUGUUAAAAAAAAAUGUUAUUUUCCUAAUACUGUCGGCCUGAA